AGAGACCCGACAUGGGCCCAAGCCUUCGCUCGCUCCUCCGCUAAAAGGGCGAUCGGGCGCGUCGCGUUUCGCAGCGAUGCCGCGCCAUGUCGAAGCUGACGGCCUUGGUGCAAGCCGUGGGGCGGAAGCAGCACUGGUGGGAGGCCCUGGCGCUGGUAGAGCGGUCCAAGCAGGACAGCGCGCAGGCGCUGCUCGUGGUUUCAGCGCUGUGCAGGAGGGCCUCGGCGUGGCAGAGGUCCCUGGCUUUGCUGGGCGCCUUGCCCAGUUUGGACGCCGCGGCUGCCGUGGCAUCCUCUUGGGCAUGGGCCAGCCGAUGGCAGCAGGCGCUGCUGAUCCAGGGCGAGGAGGCGGCUCUGGCGGCGAUCUCUGCAGCGACGUCCAGCCACCACUGGCAGGCGGCGCUGCGGCUGCUGCCCGGCGCCGGAGGCGGCACCGGCGGCCGCCUCGCCGCGCGGCUCGCCGGCUCCGCGGGCCGGGGCUCCGCCUGGCAGCUGGCGAUGGAGGCUUUCGGCAUCCUGAAAGAGCAAGACGUGCCGGACGAGGUCAUGUACAACGCAACGAUGACCGCCUGCCGCCAUGCCACUGAAUGGCAGAACGUGCUUAACCUGUUUGCAGAGCUGAAUGCCAACCUCGAGGUCACGCACAGCACAGCCCUCACAGCUGUUUUAGCUUCUUGCGGCCAGGCGUCUGAGUGGGAGAUUGCCUUGCAAAGUCUGUUUCAGUGGAAGGGCCAGGCAGAUGUCACAAGCUUCACCGCCGCGAUCCAUGCCUGUGAGCAGGGCAGGAGAUGGGUUGCCGCGCUCGACAUUUUCGCGAAGAGCCCGGCAGUGGAUGUGCCUUGCUUCGGCGCAGCCCUGUCCGCUUGCGCGGCCGCAGGGCGAUGGAUGGAGGCUCUGCAGAUCUUUGACGCCAUGAGGGCCGCCGGUUUGCAGGCGGAUGCUGCCUGCCGCACGGCCUUGGUGGAUGCUGUGUCCAGGUCCUCCUGGGCUCGCGGCUUGGUUUUGCUGAACGCCCUGCGCGCCGGGGAUGGGGAUGUGGGGGAUCUGCUGCUGUGCGGCGCUGUGCUGGCCGGGUGCCAGGAGGCCGCGCAGUGGCACCAGGCCUUGAGCUUGUUCGAGGCCAUGGCCAAGACAUCCUUGACAGCCAGCGGCAGCCUGCUGCUGUCCCUGCAGAAGGCUGGCAAGUGGCGCCACGCCUUGACCGUGGUCUCGCGCCUUCCGAGCCUUCCGACGGCGGUGAAUCUCCUGGGGCUAAGGACUGCGGAGCAGUGCUCGCAGCGCACAGCCGCGCUGCGGAUGCUGCAUGGGUCGGGAUGGCCUCGCUUGGGCGAGUUCAAGCCAGUUGAGCUGGUGCUGUAUAGCUCAGUGGUGACUGCCCGGCUUCUGGAGAGGAAGCUGCAUCGAACGAUAUUCUCGCCCUUGUUGACCUCUCUAGGGCUCAGUGUUUCUGCACACGCCGGUUUGUCCCUGGUCCGGCCCGUCCACUUCACAGUGCUGCAGGCUGCUGCAGGUUUGGGAGCGGAGCGCAUUCGCGUUGCUGCGGAGGGCCUUCAAGUUGCACCGCCGAAGCGCCUUGUGAGCAAAUGCCAAGCUGCCGGAGAAAUGCGCGCGCUGCACUCGAUGAGACCGGCAGUCAGGUUGGCUGGCACCGGUGAGAGGCACAGCCAGGGGUCUAUAAGUUAA